AGUCACCAAAAAAAAUCGUGUAAUUGGUUUCUGUAAUUCAUAACGCCGGGGAUUAUCGAUCAACGACGACCCCGGCCUUCCACUAUUCGCAAAUCGCAGUACGUAGAAAGUUCUCAACUUUCUCGGAAUCCAAACACCUAACUUUCUCGCAUUCUCACACUCUCUCCCUGCCCGGGAUUCCCCUUUCCGCUUCGGAGAUGGGUCGCCCACCCAGUAAUGGAGUCCCCGCCUUCCGCUUCACUCCCACCGAGAACAGGGAAAGGCUAUCAUGCUAAAAGGGACGAGUUCUUUUAUGGAAGUUUUCCCAUCAAGGUACUGGCAUAAAUUAUAGUUUAUUUAUCUGUACAGGUGACAGAAAUGGAAACUAUUCUGCAAAAUCACAACUAUGCAAUGCCAGCACGCGAUGUACUUACAGCUCUUGCAGAGAAGUUCAGUGAAUCACUAGAACGGAAAGGCAAGAUUACAGUGCAGAUGAAACAGGUCUGGAAUUGGUUUCAAAAUAAGCGCUAUGCUAUUAGGGCAAAAUCAAGCAAGACACCUGGAAAGUUAAAUAUCACUCCUAUGCCUCGGGAUGAAUCAACCACAGUAAGGAAUAUACCUCAACUGACAGCUGGUCCAAUUCCUACUACAUCAGGUUCAGUUCCAACACCAGGAAAGGUAACUCCAGAAAAUUCAGUUAUGGAAUUUGAAGCUAAAUCUGGAAGAGAUGGAGCAUGGUAUGAUGUGGCUAGCUUUCUAUCACACAGAUAUCUGGAUACAAGUGAUCCGGAAGUGCUGGUACGGUUUUCUGGUUUUGGAUCCGAGGAAGAUGAGUGGAUUAAUAUCCAAAGAAAUGUCAGGCCACGUUCCUUGCCAUGUGAAUCAUCAGAAUGUGUUGCAGUCCUCCCGGGGGAUCUCAUUCUUUGUUUUCAGGAAGGUAAAGAGCAAGCCCUUUACUUUGAUGCCCAUGUGCUUGAUGCUCAAAGACGGAGGCAUGAUGUAAGAGGCUGUCGAUGUAGAUUUUUGGUUCGAUAUGAUCAUGAUCAGUCAGAGGAAAUUGUCCCGCUCAGAAAGGUCUGUCGCAGACCUGAAACCGAUUACAGAUUACAGCAACUUCAUGCUGCAAAUGAAGCCGGAGGAGCUACAGAUCAGCAAAAGAUUGCCACAAAACCAGUAAAUGCGCAUGGUAUCAGGGUUACUAGUUCUUCUGAAACGGUGCCACGGCAGCAGAAUGCAAACAUCUCUAUGGCACCACCACAUGUUUUGCAAAUGACAGUUUCGGUAGCGCCCCAAAAUCUAGUUGUUGAUCCAAAGAAAACUGAAACGAUUAUUAAUGUUCAGGCAGGAAAUUCGAUUAUUGCCCCAGGUAGUGUUGCGCUUACUAGCAGCAUUGCUAUAAGCAGUGUUCCUGAGGACUGUUUGUACCUUGGCUUUUAUCUGAUCUCUGGAAAUUAAGGAUGAGAUGACAUGAGAUGAGAAUACACCUUUUCAAGCGCACAGCUGUGAAAUUUCUGUGCAGAAAGAGAACAAAAAAG